AUGCUGCUGAACGUAUUGACAACCUUUGGGCAUUUGAUUGUCGAUGUACCAACCGGUGGACCAUUUGAUCAUGUGCGCGCAGCUAUGAUACAGAGUGUGGUCUUCAUCAUUCGGAAUCGCUUCGGAGAUGCGUGCAUUCUUGGUCGGGAACUGCUUCUUGUACUUAUGCGUCUGUCAAAGGUUCCUGCGAUUAACGCUAUUUGGGUGGAUCUCGUGACAGCUCCUUCAAAAUUUGGCCUUAAUGACGGUAUUGAGGACCUUUUCCGGCAGAGUGCUAAUUUCUAUGGUGUUCGGCUCUCCGCUGAAAUGACAAAGAAGAUAGAAUUCAUCAUUUGCCAGUGCAAACCCAGUACACAGGAUAAACAUUUCGAGUGGUUCUCAAAUUCG